AUGGUUGUUAUAAAUCCCAGAUUUAGUCAUGGAAACAAAGGGGGAGAACAAAUAGAAUCUGUUUUGUACCAGUCGGAAAAAAGAGAAUACCUCAGGUUAGAAAAGGGAUAUUUUCAGAUUCCGUGUUCAAACUGUAAAAAGAUUUCAAAAGACACAUAUAGAAAAGAAGACCCUAAAGCGAGAUGGGUUAAAGUCAUACAGUGUUCUAAUAACACUAAUGACAUUAGUUAUACCAGGAUUUAUGAUUAUGCCAUUGCUUUAACCAGGUUUGAAUAUGCUAAUUUGUAUCACACCAUGACAGACUGGUUUAAUACUUUUUUAAUGGCAAAACUUUUUUGGAGAAUUACACGGAAAUUAACGAUACUAUGGAUAGACGCACAUCCAAAAGGUAGUUUAGAUGAAACAUGGAAGACUUUAUUUGGAACUAUUAUACAAGCAAGUUCUUUGAGCAAGCCUCUUAUAGCAAAAACAAUGAUUUGGAGUAUAAAUGGGUACGACAGUUUACUCAACCAACAUCAUCUGUCAUUUAUUCCUUACAUAGAAGAGUUCAGAAAGUUUUUCUUGAAAUCUCAUGGGUUAGAUGUUUCACAUAAACUUAACUGUGACCGAGUCAAUAUCCUUGUAAUAUUAAGACAUGAUUACAUCGCUCAUCCAAGGAAUCCAAGGGAGAAGGUAGCAAGAAAAAUGAAAAAUGAAAAUGAAAUUUUAACCAAUUUGUCCAGUCGUUUCCCUAGUUUGUUGAUGUAA